AUGGAAAGGUCCAACACCAAUCCAGCAAUGAUCAAAAUAUUCCCCUCCACCAUCCAGUUCGAUAAUCAACAACCCAUAGUCUUCAACCCCCCAGAAUCCUCCUCAUCCAUCUCCUACUCUACUCCAUCGUCCUAUACCCCCUCGUUGGAGUCAGUCUCGUCCUUCAACUGGAUCUCCAAUAGUCUAUCCGACCCUGACGUUCUUGCUCCGACCGCACCCGACCUGACAUUUUCAUUUGUUCAAUCAACAAAUUGGCGACCAGCCACUCCAGUCCCCAAGAGCAACAACAAUGUACAAUCAAAGAGUCCAUCAGGCCUCGCCCUCGAGAGCACACCAACCAAAGAUUUCAAACACAAAUUGCCCGGCUCAUUCAAUAGGCAAGAGGAGGAAGAUGAUGAUGAAGAGGAGGACGAUCAUGGCAAGGAGGCACAUGGAUGUUUCUCGUCUCCGACACCCAUCUCGAGUCCACUCAAGGCGCGAGCGCAAACCGUCAAGAUGGACCAACGCGCCACUAAGAGCAAUUCACGUCCGGUCUCUCACAUGGGCUUCAGCUCGCCGGGUUCAGGGAUGGUGAUGGCGGCGGCGAGCGAGAAGGUGAAGCCGAAGAAGUCGCUGGGCUUCAUCCUCGGCGGCAGCGGUCGCAUCCGAAGCUCGACCUGUCUGGAGAGCCAGCUCGAGGACGUGCUCAGCCAACAGUCCAGCCCGGCGCUUGCCGACCCACAACAUCAUGGCGGGCCUACCACUGUCUACAGGCUGCCCCAGUCCGAGCCGCCUGCCCGAGAUCCGGCUAGCGGCCAUUACCAAAAAACUAAGAACCGGUUCAGCGCCUUCCUUUCCUUCCUCCCCACCGACCAGCAGCCCCUCGGCCCUUCCGCCUCGACCGACGAUCAACGCAUCACCAACCAGUCAGAUUCAAAACCCUCAAAAGACCCCUCCAACCGACGUCCUUCCUUCAACCUUCUUGACAGAGCCACCCUAUCCUUCUCGAAUACCUCCUUCCGUACAAUCAACUCUUCUAAUACCGAUCCUUGCCCUUACGUUGCUUCCCCAACAACAAGCUCUAAAUCCCCUGCUAAGCAUCAGCCGUCUCCCAAUGGAAAAUCUCCUUAUAUCAGGUCUUCUCGCUCCUUUCUUAACUUGCUCUCUUCCAAACUCAAAUGA